UAAAAAGAAAGGAGACAAUAAUGACAGCAAGCAAUGUGACAGAAAACUUUAGUAAAAUAUUUUUUUAUUCAGUUUUCUGCAUUUAUUUACAUUUCUCAAGUUAAUAUACCUGUGUUUGAUUGUGUAUAAGUAUAAGACUUGUAUCCUCAGUUUUGUUAUUCGUCAGUAUGAUAUGAAUUUGGAAAAUAGCGAUUGAGACUCGACAUGACCGACAUGGAGAUAAACGAGGCACUGUCCUCGCUGGAGAUGCUCAUGUCAGAGUUCUUCGCGCCGACGACGAGCAACUUCAGGAAGCGCGAGAUCGAAGGCAUGCUGGAGAACUUCUCCAGCCGCCGGGACUCGUGGAAACACUGCCUGCUCUUCCUACAGAAGUCACAGAACCAAUAUGUGUUGAUGUUCACAUUAACCACAUUAGAAAACAUAAUAAACAGGCAAUGGAUUAGUCUGAAUGACAAUGAGAGAACAGAAAUCCGUUUAACUCUGUGGAAUGAGUUAAUGGCUAAACAUGAGGUGAUACCAUACUUCAUAAGGAACAAGUUAGCCUCACUAAUGGUGUCUAUUGCCCGGUAUGACUGGCCACACCUCUAUCCUGACUUCUUUGAUAAUAUUGUUGAGCUGAUCCGGUGCUCUGGGCGGCGCUGUGUGCUGGGGCUGGUGCUCGCUGGCGCGGCGAGCGAGGAGUUGGGUGCCGCGCGCGACCACGGGGUGCUGCUGCCCUCCACGCGCCGUCACCAUCUCGAGAGACUCAUGCUCAAAGGCAUGCCGCAGAUGCUCAAUGCACUUGCUGCGAUAUUGGAAAAGUACGCUCAGAAGGAAGGGCAGUCGAAUCCCCCGCCAUCGCCAACUAGCGGAGUUCCUCAGACUUCUGCUCUUCCUGACUUACUCGCCAAUGCUCAUGAUGUUCAUGCUUCAGACAAGGCUCUAAACAUGGAGAUAGUAGUGAAAUGCCUGACGACCCUGCAGCACCUGUUCUCGUGGCUCCCGCUCUCCUCGCACGUGCCUCCCUCGCUCGUUACCACUGUCUUCUACUGGGGCAGCAUAGCUACGCAGUCACAGAGCAUGGAGGCGGCGCUGGCGGGACUGGGCGGCGUUUGCGAGCUGCUGUACCGGCGGUACGCGCCGCCGUCGUCGGCCGCCACGGCGCUGCGCCUGCAGCACGCCGCCGCGCGGCUGCUGCGCCACCUCGCGCACUCCACGCAGCAGCGACCCGCGCCGCCCGCCUAUCAUGAAUAUUUAAAUAAGUUAUCAGAGUUUCUAAAGUUGUUCGUGUCAUUGCAUUUCAAGAGAUUAGAAGCCGAACCAGAGUUCGAUGCCAUUGAAUUUUUAUCCUAUCUAUUCCAGUAUACAUUCCAGGUGCCCACAUGUGCAAUAUUUGUUAACUGUUUAGAUGUAUGGAUACAGUUUAUAGAUGUUUUAAAGCCGGAAGACACGGCAAAAUAUUGGGAAGCUCUUCAAGCGCUAGUCAACGGCGUGUUGAACAAGAUUCAGUUCCAACAUAACAAGGCGCAGUUACAACAUCUUGACAACGAAGUGUGCGACGACGACGGCGAGACUGAAUGGCAAACAUUCCUGAAACACUGUAUAGAGUGCAUAGCUCGUGUGGCGGAUUUAGCGCCGCUGGAUGUCUUCACAGCUGUGCUGGAGCGCUGGCAGUGCCUGGCGGGCGUGCACGCGCGCGCGGCGACGCGCGGCGGCGCGGCGGGCGGCGCGGCGGGCGGCGCGGAGGGCGAGCGCCUGCUGGCCGCGCUGCUGGACCUGGCCACGCUGACGCGCGUGCUGGGCCGCCUGGCGCCCGCGCUGCUGGCGGCCGACGCGGGCCGCGCCGCGCCGGCGCGCGCCGCGGGCGCCGCGCUGCUGGACCGCGUGGCGGCGGCGCUGGCCGGCGCCGCGCUCACCAGGCCGCACCGCGCCGCCAUGCCCGCGCCCUACGUGCAAGUGCAUGCCGAGAUGUUUGCGUGCAUGGGCGCGUGGUGCUGCUACGCCAGCGAGUGCGGCGUGCCGGCACACACCAUGGAGGGGCUGUUCUCCUCCGCCGUGCCCUUCCUGUUGCCACACGAGUUGCCCGAACCGCCGCUGCUCUGCCACGCCGCAGCGCACCUCCUACUGAGCAUGUCCAAGAAUGUGAAGUUUGUCAACGACCCUAUCCCGCUGGUUGGCGAUCUGUUCAACCAUGCGCAACGGUCGCUGCACUAUUUGGAACCAAAGACGGCGGGCGUGGUGCGCGAGGCGCUGCUGUCGCUGGCGCUGUGGCGCGUGGCGGGCGGCGGCGGCGGCGGCGAGGCGGCGCGCGCGCUGCUGGGCGCGUGGACGGCGGCGCUGCCCGCCGCCGGCGCCGCCGCCGCGCUGCCGCCGCUCACCGCGCUGCUGCACGCCUUCGCCGCGCACCCCACGCCGCACAAGCGGAUAAUAGCCGAGGGCAUUCAGGGUGCGGCGGAGUCAGCGCUGCGCAUGUUGUGCGAGCCGGGCUGCGCGGCCGAGCAGGAGCUGACGGACUUCUUCCUCGCGCUGUUCACGGCGCUGCUGCCGCAACUCGGCAACUUUGCCUACUCCGCCAUUGACGUGUUCCUUGAAGUCGCGCAAAGGGGCGGCGGCGAGUCGAGCGUGGAGCGGCUGGUGGAGUGCGUGCGGCUGGGCGUGGAGGCGGGCGGCGGCGCGGUGCGCGUGUCGCACGUGCUGGCGCUGCUGCCGCGCUGCGCGCCGCCCGCCGCGCUGGCGCCGCUCGCGCCGCCCGACGCCGCGCGCGCCGCGCACCGCCUGCUGGCCAGCGUGCUGGUGCACCGCUGGCGCUAUUUCUUCCCGACCGGCGCGGGCGCGGAGGCGGCGGGCGGGGAGGAGGCGGCGCGGCGCGGCGCCGAGCUGCGGGGCGCGCUGGCGGCGCUGGGCCGCGCGCUGCUGCAGCCCGACAUCGAGCUGCUGAGGAUCGCGCUGGCCGCGCUCGACGCGCUCAACACCAAGUGGAAGCUCUAUCAUAAGGCGGUAUUCCGGUCGGAGUUCAUGGCGGAGUUCCUGUCAGUCCUGCUAGCGGGGCUGGCCGAGGGCGGGGCGCGCGCUCUGCUCCGCGAGGAGGCGGUGUGCGCGGUGCACGCGAUGGCGGCGGUGGAUUUCCCCGCCUUCCGCCGCGCCUUCCUGCCGCACUUCCUGCGCCAGCUGCCCGGCCUCGCACCCGAGCACGUCACGCAGCUCGAAGACUUCCCGCCCGACACGGACCUGCCGACGUUCACACAGAACAUCCAGCGGCUGAUGAACGACGUGAACUGCUACCGCGCGUACAAUGCGUUGCUGCCGCCGCAACAGAUGUCAUAGCAUUCGCCCCCCGCCCACAUGAUGGUGCUGUGAUAGCCCCAUGUGAGACCCUCGCUGGGACCACGUUACCUAUGUGUGCUACAUGAAAGACACGUAUGGACCACGCUACCUAAACGUUUCGAGCCACGCACCUGUGUGUAUGAAAUAAAACACAUUCGGACCAAGCUACGUAAGCUACGUGUGAGUAGAGACUAAUUUAGACUACGGUAUGUUUAUGUGCUACUACUACAGGAGCUCGGGAACUAACUAUGUCGGUGCUCAAGCGGCUGACUCUGAAUUUGGGUGUUGAUAAUAAUAAGUUAUAAAGAAAUAAUAUCUUUUGUAAGUAAUUUCCUCUAUCAAAAACAUUGAGACUUCGUGUGUGACACAAAUUAAAAACUAAUCAAAUGACUUAAAAUUGUUAAUAAUCUUGAUGAAGUCAUUAAAAGUGAGAAAGCGUUUGCUUAUUAUAUCGAUGAUUAUAAUGCAUUUGUAAAGCAUUUUCAACUUGUUCAUAAUGGUCUUAUAGCGAAUUAUUCCCGACUUAAAUGUUCUUGUGUAGUUACUAUCGCAUUAUGUGUAGUUACUAGUCAUUAUAAGAAUCAAGUUGUUUAAAUUUAAAAAUACCUGAGGAAUGGACUGCACUAUAGAGCGUGCAACGUGAUAGCGUGAUUCAGAAGGACGCUGAUCGCGAUCCGUGUAGUGCGGGCUCAAAAGCUCAAAGUAGCCAAUAAUUAUUAGGAUAGGUUUUAAAGAAUGGGCUGCCAUUUAUAGUGUGAUUCUAAUUGUAUUUAAAAGAAAAGUAAGCGACUUUUUGUAGGUUAUACAAAAAUACGUAUUAGAACACCGUACUUAGUUUGUAAUACAACUAUUUUAACUUUUUUUCCUCAUAUCUUGUCUUUGAAAUCAUAUCAAUUGAUUGUAGAUGUAUUGUUUCUUAACUACAUUAUGAAUUUAUGACUGCAGAGUAACUACAUUUCCAUUAUGAUUGCAUGGAUUAUUUGUUUUGUGUAUUUAUCUAUCUGUAUUUUUUAAAAUACAGAUAAAUCGGUAGAGACUUAUUUGUUUUGCGUUUAGCGCGUUUUAGUUAUUGGGUGCAAUAUAAGAAAGAAUGUUUAGUUGAAAAUGUUGAAAUACAGGUGGUGACUGAAGCGAUUUUUAUAGAAAUCAAUGCAAUCUAUCUCUUUCUUCCUUUAUGUUGGUGUAUGCUAUAUUUUAAAUCUAGAAAUAAAGAAUGAGCUUAUGUUUACAAAA